AAAACGUGCCCCUGUUUAGAAUUUGAUUGAAAAGAACUUGCUCGUACAGAGCCAUAUUUUUCCAGUUUAUUGUUUUAUAUUAUUAAGGCUAUUUAUUUUUGUUUGUUACUUACUAUUCUUCUUUCAAAGCUGCCUUAAUCUUUUUUUCCAAAUGUUUUUGUUUCCACACAUCUCUUUCUCUUACCUGUCUGCGUUCCUCUUUAUCGUCCCACUUCCUUUCUCUCUGACACUUUAUCUCGCUGACUCCAACCCUCUCUUAUCCUUUAACAAUCAAGUCAAAGAGGGGCACCUAUACACAGGUAAUCACAGAAGAGGGAUGUAUUUGCAGAUGACCCUGGAUGGGAGAGUAUCGGGAAGUAAUGCCCCAACACUUUACAGUGUGCUGGAGCUGAAAUCACCUAAACAAGGCCAUGUAAUCAUCAAGGGAAAGUCAUCAUCUCUGUUUCUCUGUAUGGACAGUGUAGGCCAUUUGAUGGGCCAGAGGCAGUACACAGAGGCUGACUGCACCUUCAGAGAACUGCUGUCGGAAGAUAGCUACACCCGUUUUAUUUCCUCACACCAUGGAUUUCCUGUGUCUCUGGCAUCAAAACAUUCCCCAGAUAGACACACAGGCCCCUUCACUCGAUUCCUACCACUUAGGAACACUUUGACAGAAGAGAGUGUGUCUGAACAACCACCAAACAUUUUCAACAUGGACUCUGAUGAUCUUCUUGGAAUGGGUCUAAAUGCUAUGGUCAGUCCUCAGUUCUCAGUGGACAAGUAAAUAUUGGUUGGUCGUUUUGGAUCUCAACAUGUUUCUGUGAUGGUAAUAUUAAUGUAGCUGUUAACUUAUAUAUUUAUUGUGUGUGUGGUGUAUUUCUAGUGGUUAAUUAAAGACUGUAUCAUUUUGAGUACAACUUCUGAGAUUUUAUGGUUAGUAGUUUGAGCAUGUUUGUGUCUGAGUAAGAAAUGGUCAAUGUUGCAACAUAUAUUGAUUUUGAUGUGUGAGGCUUUUGGAGUUUCUCUAAAUCAGAUGUGACUGGUCCAAUAAGCGUGUGUUUGUACUCGGGUAUGUUUAUCCGACUGGAGAGAAUGAAAAUAAACCUGAUAUAAAUUUCA